CGAGGGACAGCCGCUCCCGGCGGCUGUAGCAGCACGGUCAAUAACAACAGCAGCAUCCGCAGAAGCAGUAGCUGUAAAGCAGGCGAAACAAACGAGAGGUGCAUUGUAAAGCCAAACCCGGACGGGCCAACAGGCAACAGACCAUUGAACCGCUGGUUACGUUUUGCGCCCUAUGGUGAGCAUUUGCCGUAAUUUACGUCGGCCCUGUGUGUGUAAUUCGUCUGUGUAAAAGGAGCCCAGAAAAACUGUAGGACAAAAACAUAGUACAACUUCGUGUGACACUCGUGUGCGUGCCGGCCCUGUAGAAAGAACUCUCUGGGCCGGUGAUAGAUUUGAGCAAAGCUCAAAUCGAAUUUGGACUAACAAAACAUUUUCAAGUUAACUUUCGACGCGAGUAUCGAGAUUGAGCAGAGUACCGUUUCUACCUGUCUACGCGUUGUUCAGCAUUAGUUAGAAUCGUAUAUGGUAGUAUUUGUCUACAGGUCGGCACUGGGAGAAACUUCGGUUACGGCGCAUAAUGAGAUUCAUGCACACGACGACCGACUCAUCGGUACACAUUAAUGCUAAAACAAGCAUCGGAAUUAUAUGGAUACUGCCUGUCCUGCUUCCGUCAGCCUACCCGCAGACCCUCGGUUUCAGAGCCUCCACUGUCGGCAGAGGCUCGGAUGAGCGUCUGCCACCGUGCGCAGCCUGUAGGAUGGUCGCCGUAGAGUUCCUCAAGGGUCUCGAAAAGACCCAGCGAAACAAGUUCGAAGGUGGUGACGCUGCUUACGAAAAGGAGCGAGGCAUGAGGUACGAGGACUCGGAGGUACGGUUGAUCGAAGUUCAGGAGGCAAUGUGCGAUGAUAUCAAGAAACACGCAGGACAGUGCAGGGACCUUAAAGAGGAACACGAGCACCUGCUCGAGGAAUGGUAUCACGGACUGCGGAAACAUGACAGUAAAUCGCUCGACAGAUGGCUGUGUGUCGAGCAGCUCAGCGUAUGUUGUGAUAAAGGCUAUUUUGGCCCGGAGUGUACACCAUGUACGGGGGGCGCGGAGAAACCCUGCUCAGGCCAUGGUACUUGUCGGGGCUCUGGCAGCCGAAAGGGUAAUGGCACAUGUAAAUGUCAUAAGGGGUACCAGGGUGAGCUGUGUGACCAAUGUACGGAUGGCUAUUUCCUCAAUUCGACAGCGAGCCAAUGUAGCGCUUGCGAUAAGUCAUGCGCUACAUGUCGUGAGACAGGCUCAAAAGGCUGUGUUGUAUGCAAAAAGGGUUAUGUACAUACACAAGAGUGGGGCUGUUCCGAUAUAGACGAGUGCGUUGAGAGUGAGGAGUCGCCGUGUACAGGGAACACGUUCUGCGUGAACUACGAGGGCGGAUUUCACUGUCUUGAGUGCGAUAAAACUUGUCUGGGCUGUUAUGCCGAUGGUCCCGAUAACUGUGUGAAGUGUGCUAAAGGCUACGUACUCAACAAGGGCGUCUGCACGCAACAGAGGCUUAACAGUGUGCAGGUAACGCUAAGUCGAUGGGCUGUCCACCUAGGUUUAAUCAUCUGUACAGUAAUCAUCUCGAAGAAGUCGAUCACCCUCUCAUCGGCAAUUGGCGCUUGCGUAGCCAUGUACAUUGGAGCCUCUGAGUAUACAACUGGAGAAUGGGAGAACUUCGACGUGCAGAAGUUCAUACGGAGCUUUGCCGGCUAGUAACAAUUUCUAUUGACAACCUACUGUAGAUAAAUGUAGAAGCAAGUAACAAAGAUAAAUGCGAGCUGAAUGCCUCCUAAUGAAUCUACUGUACCAAGCGUUAACCCAUUGCACACUGGGUAGCUAAGGGAACUUAUUUAAGAUGGUUAUAGAAAUAGACAAGCUUUACCAACUGCGCUGUGGGGUUCACCCUAUUAACGCAGUACCUAUUGACGCAGGGUGCUAAAAUCAGAAGCUUGAGCUAUGUUACUGUAAAUUGGCCGGUGAAUGAUGUAUGAAGCCUAGCUAAUAAAGAAACGUGCAAAUCUGAGUGAAAGCAAUGUCAUUGCAGUUAGAAGUGUACUUUUGUAAUUUAAAUGAACCUUUAUGUACACAGUGAUAAUAAAAAAAAUAAACAACCGAACUUCACAACUGGUGCCUACAUGUGGAUAAAUAUAGCAUACUUAACAGACCUAAAUACGUUUGUACAAAAUAUAACCAUCGCCUAUAGCUUUGUCGACGCUAAGUCAGUUAUACGAUAGCAGAAACAUUCUUGACGUGUUAUACCAGCAGUCCUACAGUAAACAUCGUGUUUAAUACUGAAGGUAGCCCUGAAGGGCCGUGGAAACAAAUUGCAGAUUUUUGUUCUGUAUUUAUCUAGG